GCUCUGAGGAGCAGCAGUCGCGGCCGGAGCACCUCUUCUCCUCUUCCUCCCUCCACCACCACCAUGUCACGGGAUCGGUUCCGUAGCCGUGGCGGCGGUGGAGGCGGCUUCCACCGGCGCGGCGGCGGCGGUGGCCGCGGCGGCCCCAACCACGAUUUCCGCUCUCCGCCGCCCGGCAUGGGCAUGGGCCAGAACCGCGGCCCCAUGGGGGGCGGCCCGCAGGGCCCGGGCGGCCCGCCGGGCGGAGGCCCGAAGCCCGAGCCUCCGAAGCCGCCCGCGUCGACCUCCGCUCCGCCUUCUUCGUCGUCUUCAGCCGCCGCCACCACGGCGGGGCCUGCCGGCAGCCAGGCCGGCCCGGGAGCGCCUCCGCCGUCCUCGCUGCCCGCGGGGCAGCCGCCGCAGCAGCAGACCCCGGUGUCGGCGCCUUCCUCGGCUCCCUCCGGCCCGGGGGAGCCGCAGCCCAAGCCGAGCCCCAGCCCCACCCCAGCCGGCGGCCCUAAGAAAGGACAAGGACAGUCGCCCGGCGGCGGGCCCAAGGGACCGGGCGGCCCCCAGCAGGGGCCCGGCGGGCCGCACAAGGGCGGGCCGGGGCACCGCGGCGGGCCGGGCGGAGAACCGCGCGGCCGCGGGCAGCAGCACCAGGGACAGCAGAGCCUCUCCUCGCAGCAGAGCUCGGCCGGCGGCGGCGGCGGCGGCGAGAAGCUCUCGGACGAGGGAUUUAAAGCAAACCUCUCUCUUCUGAGGCGACCCGGGGAGAAGACCUAUACUCAGCGUUGCCGCUUGUUUGUUGGGAAUUUGCCUGCUGAUAUAACAGACGAAGACUUUAAAAGACUGUUCGCCAAGUAUGGGGAGCCGGGAGAGGUUUUUAUCAACAAGGGGAAAGGCUUUGGAUUCAUUAAAUUGGAAUCUAGAGCUCUUGCAGAAAUUGCGAAGGCAGAACUGGAUGAUACCCCCAUGAGGGGUCGACAGCUUCGUGUUCGGUUUGCCACACAUGCUGCUGCUCUUUCAGUGCGUAAUCUUUCACCCUAUGUGUCCAACGAGUUGCUGGAGGAAGCUUUUUCCCAGUUUGGUCCAGUGGAAAGAGCUGUUGUGAUUGUAGAUGAUCGAGGUAGAUCAACAGGAAAAGGCAUUGUUGAAUUUGCAUCAAAGCCAGCUGCAAGAAAAGCAUUUGAACGGUGUACUGAAGGAGUGUUUUUGUUGACAACCACUCCUAGGCCAGUUAUUGUGGAACCAUUGGAACAACUGGAUGAUGAAGAUGGUCUUCCAGAAAAGCUUGCUCAGAAGAAUCCGAUGUAUCAAAAGGAAAGAGAGACUCCUCCCCGUUUUGCUCAGCCUGGCAGUUUUGAAUUUGAAUAUUCCCAGAGGUGGAAAUCUUUAGAUGAAAUGGAAAAACAGCAGAGAGAGCAAGUGGCAAAAAACAUGAAAGAUGCCAAGGACAAACUUGAAAGUGAGAUGGAAGAUGCUUAUCACGAGCAUCAGGCAAACCUCUUGCGUCAAGACCUUAUGAGGCGUCAGGAAGAACUGAGACGUAUGGAAGAACUCCAUAAUCAAGAAAUGCAGAAACGCAAGGAAAUUCAACUGAGGCAGGAGGAGGAGCGUCGCAGGCGGGAAGAGGAAAUGAUGAUACGUCAGCGGGAGAUGGAAGAACAAAUGAGAAGACAGAGGGAAGAGAAUUAUAGUAGAAUGGGUUACAUGGAUCCAAGGGAGAGAGACAUGAGAAUGGGUGGUGCCACCACAAUGAACAUGGGAGAUCCUUAUGCUUCUGCAGCCCAGAAAUUUCCACCUCUUGGAGGUGGUGGCGGCAUAGGUUAUGAAGCUAAUCCAGGAGUUGGCCAAGCAGCCAUGAGUGGUUCUAUGAUGGGAAGUGACAUGGUGAAGAUGAAAGCUGAGUGAAACCGGAGUGCUCAUCCAUGGGAAUUCAGGAGCCGAGCAUGAGCACAUCCAGCAUGAUGCCCAGUGAUAUGUGGAGGGACCAAGACAACAAGUGAACAAAAGAAGAUGAAGUCCGAAUGCAGUGAAGAGGAGCCAGGAACAUACAAUUUUUAAAAAUAAAAUAUUUAAAUUUUUUUAUAAA